AUGGCAUACCCAAACAACCCAUCUUCACCUACCGACUUGUUAUCCGCCUUACCAGCCAAAUUCGAACAAGCUAGGAAGAGCGGUCAACUGUAUUUCUUCCCUAGUGAAGCUAGAGAUGUAUACUCGCAAGGAAGGAGGUUCAACCUUCGACUAUGUCCAGCUUUACAAGACAAACAAAAGGCCAAAAGCGAUGCUUUGGAAGCUGUGAAAGCCGAAAACGGAACAUCAGGAUCACCUGAACGUAAAAGAGCAAGGACCGAGGAGACAGUGGAUAAGCAGAAUGGUGAAGAACCGUUCAAACCUCCUUAUGUGGAAGAACUUUAUGUAGGAUGUUUAGAGGGGCUGGAAGGUGAGGAAGGGAUGAGUAUACUGUAUUCUCUCUUACCUGAACAUAUACUCCUCUGUCCACCUUCAUACCAGCCCCAAUCACUCCCGCCUACUCCACCUCAGUUAGCACUAGCGUACAACAUCCUCCAGGCGGCUUUGAGGCAUCCUACCAGACCUAGGAAACUCUUAGGGUUUUAUAAUGGUGGUGAAGGUGCGGGAGCAAGUCAGAAAUGGCGUCAUCUGCAGUUCGUCGAAGUACCAGGUGGAAGAGCACCCGUUGAAGAGUGGUGUCAGACUGUACAGUUCUCAAGGCCAGAUCAAGCGAUCCUUCUUCCUGAUGUACCUUACCUACACAUCAUUCAUCCUCUACCACCUCAUGCAUCUGUACCGUACCCUCCCACAGCCGAGACCAACGAACAGCUGGUGGAUCUCUUGGCUCCUGCCAUGAUGAAGAUGUUCGACCUUGCUUUUGACGCUUUGAGGAACGGCGGUGCAGACAAAGAUGGUGGAUGGAACUUGUUAAUCACUUUAGACCAUCUCCAUCUCAUCCCCCGUUUCCUCCCUUCCUUCCCCUUACCUUCCCCCCAUCAGCCCCUCGAGCUCAACUCAUUAGGAUACGCAGGGAUGAUGUUGGUCAAAUCCCAAGAUGAGCAAGAUGCCCUCACAAAAGCGACAGAGGAUCAAGGUGGUUUGAUGCAUGUAUUGCAGAGAUGUGGUGUACCUAGAGAAUGGGGAGAGAAGGCUAAAGAGGUUGAGGGCAUACAACAGGGGUCUCAUGAGCUGGAUUUGGGUCUUUAG